AAAGUCCCUGCCACCACCUUUGGACCCGCCGGGCGAGCCUGGGGAGCAGAGGAGCAGGCCCCCCUUCAUGCAGCACAGCGUGCCCCCGAUGACAGAGGCAGUGGCCAGGCGAGCCCUCCUGCGCUUCGUGGCCUCCCGAUGCUGCUACGGGCGCAGAGCGGCAGGAGAGCUGGCCAUCCGGCGGCUGCGGCAGCUGGGGACCUACCGAUAUCGACUGGAGACGUUCAGUGAGUCGAGGUUAAGCGAGUGGGCAUUCGAGCCCUUCACCAACCAUGUAGGGUCGGUCCCUGGUCCUGGAGCGGCCAGAGCCCCCAGGGAUGCCCCCCUGGACCCCUGGGAUGUGGAGGUCGGGGCCCCCCCACCCUUCCAGGGCCAGACGCGGCGCUGCCGGAUGCCCCACUCGGCACUGGUCAGGGACUGUCACAGAUGCCGUGGUCACGGCCGGUCCAAGUGCGGGGUGUGCCACGGGGCAGGUCGGACGAGGUGUGUAACGUGCAAGGGAUCCCGACAGAGGCUAAAGCAGCAGAAGAGAUGCCAACUUUGUUCAGGUACAGGUCGCAAAAGGUGCAAUACCUGUUCUGGCCGGGGCAGCAAGACCUGCGCGACCUGUCAGGGCGAGAAAAAGCUCCAACAUUUCAAGCAGCUGGUGAUAACAUGGAAGAACAAUGUCUUUGAAUUUGUUUCUGAGCAUCAUCUGAACUUCCCAGGAGAGCUGCUCAGCAAAGUCAGUGGAGAGAAUAUAUUUAAAGAUGAAAAUGUGGUGGUGUACCCCAUCAUCGACUUUCCUGAGCCCGAGAUCUCCCUGGCCUCCCAGCGAGCCAUCGCAGAGCACAGUGCGGCGUUUGCCACGUCCUCCCGCAUCCUCCGGCAGCGUCAGACAAUUGAGCUAAUCCCCAUCACGGAAGUUCACUACCAGUAUUCAGGGAAGCCUUACCUCUACUACAUCUACGGGCUCGAGAACAAGGUGUAUGCGCUGGACUACCCCGAGAGGUGCUGCUGCGGCUGCACCAUCGUCUGAGAGCCGGUGCUGGGCGAAAAGCAGGAUUACGGCAGCAGUCACCCAGCCAGCCGCCCGCGGGGACGCCCCAGGGCCAUUCCCACUGCG